GGAUCUGCGGCUAGGGUGCGCUCGUCGGGAGUUACAGAGGCGAGGCUCUCGCGAGCCGCCUCGCCGAGGGCUCCUGUUGCAGCUCGGCCACGCUGCACUGGGGUAUCCCGUUCCUCUCACCCCGACUCGAAGCUCCCGCUUCUCGAGGGGCUUCGGUGCCGCCGAGACUCGAGCACUGCCGCGCCUCCGGGGGAAGGAGUCCCGGAAGUCCGCAGAGCUUCAAAGGAGAGGUUUUGCCUUCCGGAAGGGUAAAACCAGAACACAGAAAAAUUAAAGAAGACAAAGGGACAGUGAAAGAAGACAUCAGGGAGUUUCACUUGUUCAGGUCAUUAGAUUGCUGGCCAGUCUCCCUGCUGGGUAGCACCAUCAGCCUAAACCAGGGUGAAGGCCAUGUCGCCUCCUGGUAAAGUUCCCCGGAAGGAGAACCUGGGGCUCCAGUGCGAGUGGGGGUCCUGCUCCUUCGUGUGCUCCGCCAUGGAGGAGUUCUGCGAGCACGUCACUCAGCACCUGCAGCAGCACCUGCACAGCCCCGGGGAGGAGGAGGGAGAGGAGGACGAGGACAACCCGCUUGAGGAAGAGUUCUCCUGCUUGUGGCAGGAGUGCGGCUUUUGCUCCCUGGAUGACUCCGCUGACCUCAUCCGCCACGUCUACUUCCACUGCUACCACACCAAGCUCAAGCAGUGGGGGCUGCAGGCCCUGCAGAGCCAGGCCGACCUCAGCCCCUGCAUCCUGGAUUUCCAGAGCCGCAACAUCGUCCCUGACAUCCCCGACCACUUCCUGUGUCUGUGGGAACAUUGUGAGAGCACCUUCGACAACCCCGAGUGGUUCUAUCGGCACGUGGACGCGCACUGCCUGUGCUGUGACUACCAGGCGGUCGGCAAGGACAGCCACGUGGUGCUGUGUGCCUGGAAAGGCUGUACCUGCACCUUCAAGGACCGCUGUAAGCUUCGGGAGCACCUCCGCAGCCACACCCAGGAGAAGGUGGUGGCCUGUCCUACCUGCGGGGGCAUGUUUGCCAACAACACUAAGUUCUUGGAUCACAUCCGGCGCCAGACCUCCUUGGACCAACAGCGCUUCCAGUGCUCACACUGCUCUAAGAGAUUUGCCACAGAGCGGCUGUUGAGGGACCACAUGCGCAACCACGUGAAUCACUAUAAGUGCCCUCUGUGCGACAUGACGUGCCCGCUGCCUUCCUCUCUCCGCAACCACAUGCGCUUUCGCCACAGCGAGGACCGGCCCUUUAAGUGUGACUGCUGUGACUACAGCUGCAAGAAUAUGAUCGACCUCCGGAAACACCUGGAUACCCACAGCAAGGGGCCGGCCUACAGGUGUGACUUCGAGAACUGCAGCUUCAGCGCCCGGACCCUCUGCUCCAUCAAGUACCAUUACCGCAGAGUGCACGAGGGAGACUCUGAGCCGAGGUACAAAUGUCACGUGUGUGACAAGUGCUUCACGCGCGGCAACAACCUCACCGUUCAUCUUCGUAAGAAGCACCAGUUCAAGUGGCCCUCGGGGCACCCCCGUUUCCGGUACAAGGAGCACGAGGAUGGCUACAUGCGGCUGCAGCUGGUUCGCUACGAGAGCGUGGAGCUGACGCAGCAGCUGCUGCGGCAGCCACAAGAGGGCUCGGGCCUGGGAGUGGCGCUGAGCGAGGGCAGCCUGCAGGGCAUCAUUCUAGAAACAGAGCUGGGGGAGCCAGGACCGGAGGAAGAGGCAGAAGGCGGGAGCGGGGGCGCUGAGGGGACAGCCCUCUCCGCCUCUCAGGACAGCUCCAGCCCUGUUAUCCACGUGGUGAAUCAGACCAACGCCCAAGGCCAGCGCGAGAUCGUCUACUACGUGCUGUCUGAAGCCCCAGGAGAGCCACCCUCAGGGGGCCUGGUGGAGAAGCUUCCAGGAGUAUCCGAGGAGCCCGAGGUCCAGAUGGCGUGAAGGCUACCGAGCCUGACCACUCGAACCCCAGGCCGUGGGCUUGAGCCAGGCAGGUAGCAGUGUCCCCCGCGGGCAGCCUUUGCCAAUGAAUGCCUUUAGGAACGGUGCUGAGAACAGUGCGGUCCUCUGCGGGCCAGGCUUGCAUCGUUCUGCAGACUCUUAAGAACUUGAGUUUUAGCCACACUGCAUUUUGUAGGGAUCCUGAGGAGUGUGGGUUCUUUGAGGGGAUCCUGGAUGUGUGUGUUCUCUUGUGGGGUACUUGUUACCAGUUUUAACCCCCUCAGUGUUCUGGACAGUAAUUAAAUCCUUAGUCAACUCACACCCGUUACAUCUUUAGGAGUCCAUAGGCCCAAGGAUGAUGGAUGGUUGGUGGCUUUCCAGGGCCCUUUCCUUGAUCCCAGUUAAGGCAUUGAAAGCUAGGCAGCCACUUCUCUCAAGGGUUCCUCUUACGGCCCAGGGACAUUUGUGGAUUUGUGGUUAUCCUCAGGGACAGCAUUGGAGGCACUCUGUGUGAGUGUGAGUGUGUGUGUGUGUGUGAGUGACUUUUUGGUAAUAAACAACUUGGGUUUUUACUCAUUUCUCUUGAAGUUUUGUGGCAGUUAUGUAGGUAAUGAGGGUCUAGCCGCUCAAGAGAAGAGCUGAACAUCGAGGCUCUUUGCUUUUUACUGACUGGGGUGGUUUGUGUUGUUCCCCUUCGGUGUGACUUCUUUUAUGAUUUGUUUUUUUGAGGCAGGGUCUCGCUAUGUAGUUCAGGCUGGUCUUGAACUCCUAAGUAGCCCAGGCGGGCCUCGAACAUGCAGUGAUCUUGCCUCAGGCUCCCAAGUGCUAGAGUCACAAGCAUGAGCCACCGUGCUGUUCCUUUUGGUAGAACUUGUUCCUUUCUUCUCAGAGCACCUGCCAGCUGCACGGAGACCCUAGGCGUUUAGAGUUGAGUGGACAGUAGCAGCACUGUAGAAUGGACGAGAGCAGUGCCCACAUGCUGACCACGACUGCACUCUCAGUCCUGUUAGUGCCCUGGGCCUCUAGGUUAAGGCUCUGACUAGUGGGUAUCUUGGGGGGAGUGCCAAGUACUUCUGGGUCCAGGAUCAAGUUAGGAAAUUGUGUUCCUGGGUGUCCAUUUUCUUGGGGAAGGGAGUGAAAUCCAAGGCCUUAUGUUCAUUGCACAAGUGCUCUACCACUGAGUUGCAUGUCAGCCUUUUCUUUUGUACCGCAAUUGAACUCAGGACAUUGCACUUGCCAGGCAGGCACUGAUGCCGCUGAACUAUAUCCCUGACCAGCCUUAUUUCUUAUUACAAAAACUGUUCCUGUGAGCUGAAUAAAACUUCUUUAAAAAUAAAACACCAGACUGAUACAAACAAAAAAAAA